CCAACUUCCUGCAAACACCGGAACCAGUUGUAUUCAAGCGAGAGAACAGCACGAAGAAAACAGAGAGAGAGAGGCAUAUGCAAUUUGCCAAGAAAAAACUGGCAUUUUGCAUUUGAUUCUCUGAUUCUUCUGCUGGAAUCUGAGGAUCAUACAUCAUCUUACUCACCCUCCCAAAAUUCUCUUCAUUUCUAUAUAUAAACAAACAUAUACGUAUACGUAUACGUCCCGCAUAUUCACAUGAUUAUGAAUUACUGAUUUGUUUAUUUUUGUAGAUACUUGAUUAAAAGGAAUUUGUAGCUUUCUUGAAAUGGAUUUUUGAAUUAAAGGAGAAUAUCACAAAAAGGUGGGAUUUUUUUUUCUCCUUUUUGGGAAUCUUGGGACAUUGAAAUGGCAGAAAAUGAAAGGAAAAUGGAGGGAUGGCUUUAUCUGAUUCGUUUCAACCGCUUUGGGCUACAUUAUUCACGUAAAAGGUACUUUAUUCUUGAAGACAACUGCCUCAAGAGCUUUAGAUCAAUCCCUUCUACCGAAACAGAGGAGCCUGUGAGAAGUGCAAUAAUAGACUCCUGCAUUCGAGUUACGGAUAAUGGAAGAGAGAGCCAUCGUAGAAAAGUGUUUUUCAUUUUCACAUUGUAUAAUAGUUCUAAUCAUAAUGAUCAGCUGAAGUUGGGGGCUACCAGUUCAGAGGAAGCUGCUAGGUGGAUCCAUUGUUUACAGGAUGCUGCACUUAAACCAGUAAAAAAUUCAGAAGAUUCAUCAAGAAGGAUAUGGCAGCCUUACAGCUUCAGUAAUUCAAAGAGAGAAAGUACAAUUGACAGGACUUCUGCAUCUGCCAUGCAUGUGGCUGCAAUGUCAUCGGAUGUGAUUGCACCUCCGCCAUGGAAAAUUUUUGGUUGUCAAAAUGGAUUACGACUUUUCAGAGAGGCAAAAUAUAGGGAUUCCAAGUGGAAGGAUUGGGAUGAUCACCCAGCAAUCAUGGCAGUUGGAGUCAUUGAUGGAACUCCAGAAGCUGUUUUCAGCACCCUUAUGUCUCUUGGUCCAUCGAGAACAGAGUGGGAUUUCUGCUUCUACAGAGGCAGUGUGGUCGAACACCUUGAUGGUCAUAAGGAUAUUGCUCACAUCCAGCUAUAUAACAAUUGGCUACCACGGCCAAUGAAAAGAAGGGACUUGCUUCUGCAACGUUAUUGGAGAAGAGAAGAUGAUGGAACUUAUGUUAUUCUCUAUCACUCAGUCUUCCAUAGGAACUGUCCUCCCAAACAUGGAUAUGUUCGUGCUCGCCUUAAAAGUGGUGGAUUUGUGAUUACUCCUGCAAAACAAGGUAAAGAAUGUGUUGUUAAACACAUGCUUGCUAUAGAUUGGAGAAUCUGGACAUCCUAUCUAAGGAAAACAUCUGCAAGAUCUAUAACUAUACGUAUGCUUGGGAGAGUUGCUGCAUUAAGAGAGUUGUUCAGAGCGAAAGCAGGUUAUGGUUCUUAUGAAUAUUUAUCUGGAGAGCCGACAAAAGAUAUUUGGAUGCCUCAGAGGGAAAAAGGGGUGAUCAAAACUGAAGUUGACUUAAAAAGGACAGAGAGUAAAACAAAGGAGGAGUCUGAGAAGCCAGUUUCAGGGUCUUCAAGUCUUGGAGAACUGAAUGAUGCAGAGGAUGAGUUUUUUGAUGUUCUGGAACCAUCAGAUGAUGAUCAACCAUUUAAUGGAUGGUCGGUGAAUACGAGUGCAGAACUAUGUUAUACGGACAAGUACCAGCCAAAAUUGUCAUCCGCUGCCUUCUUCGUCAGAAAGUUGCAUGAUAUUGCAGUACAGAGAAAGGGUUACACGGACUUGCUAGAAAUGUCACAGACAGAAAGUGUAUCAUGCUCUUAUGGUGACACACUUCCAAAAGAUUCAAGUUUUAAUAAGCCUUGUAGUUGGGCAGCUGCAGAUCCAUCCCCAUUUUCAAUCCGUGGUGAUGGUUAUCUAGAAGAUCAUAGAAAGAUCAGGGCAGAAGGCACUUUGAUGGAAAUGGUUGCUGCAGAUUGGUUAAGAUCUGUCAAGCGUGAAGAUAAUCUUGCCGGACGCCCAGGAGGCAUUGUUCAGAGAUAUGCAGAUCAGGGAGGACCCGAGUUCUUUUUUAUCGUUAACAUACAGGUACCAGGCACAACCACCUACAAUCUGGCACUGUACUACAUGCUAGAAAACCCCUUGCAUGAAAUACCUUUGUUGGAUUCCUUUGUCAGUGGAGAUGAUGCUUUUAGAAAUUCAAGGUUCAAGCUCAUACCUUACAUAUCAGAGGGACCUUGGAUAGUAAAGCAGAGUGUUCGAAAGAAACCAUGUUUGAUAGGUCAAGCACUUGAAAUCCGUUACUUUCGAGGAGAUAACUACUUGGAGGUUGAUAUCGAUGUUGGUUCGUCGACUGUAGCAAGUAGAGUAGUCAGUCUCGUUCUUGGAUACCUCAAAAAUCUUGUUAUAGAAAUAGCAUUUUUGAUACAGGGUGACACGCCGGAAGAGUUGCCAGAAUUCCUUCUGGGCACGUGUCGACUUAAUCAUCUAGAUGCAUCCAAGUCGGUUUCUGCCGAUUCCAUUAGCAUUAGAUAGCAGUCUCUGUUGAACACAGAUGGAGAGGUAUAAUAUCAGAUCGAUUCAUGUAUAGAUAGACAGAUGUAUACUUUUCCAAUCUAUUCAAAUCGAUUCAUUAUUGUUACUGAUUUUUGGGUGGAAGAUGUGCAACAAUUUAUAUGGUUAGUUUACCUA